AUGGUCUACAAGGACAAGGACGAAAUUCUAGCGGCAUUUAACGCUUUCAGAGAGCAGUUUGAUGCGGUCAAUGACAAACGAGAGCGGCUGAUCAAGUCAUCUAGAGAGGUCACCAUUCAAUCUAAGCGGAUCAUAUUCCUGCUACACAGACUAGUGACAAGUGACUCCCAAGAUGACCAGGCAAUCGAGGCCGCAGAAAAGAAGCUGAACCACAUUAGAACCACACUCCUCUCCGAGAUUCAUAAAGAGGUCCCCACACCCGACGAGUUUUGGCUCCACUUGCGAUCUAUAUCUCCAGGAAUACAGGAAUACCUCGAAGCAGUCUCAUAUGUUCACUUUCUCAAGACAAAGGGGCUCAUUACGUACCAAGAGGCCCUACUAUGGUUCUCAGACGAUUCCAAGAUCCCGUUCUUCCCAUUACCUUAUGAUGAGUUUCUCCUCGGCAUAUCAGAUGUUACCGGCGAGCUCAUGCGGCUCGCCAUCACCUCGAUUGCACGUGGAGGUGGACGAGAGCGUGCGUCCGCAAUAUGCGACUUUGUACGCAGAUGCAGCGCAGACUUUGAGCAAUUCACCCCCGACGUGCGCGAAUUGUCCAAAAAGCAAGCCGUCACCAAACAAUCCAUUCGCAAGAUUGAAGAAGGCGAGUCUUGUGCCAUGAGGACGAAGAUAUUUUUGCUAACGAGUUGCAAAGCCAACUAUGCGGUACAUCUGAGAAGAGCAGAAUUCGAAGACGACCCCACCAUGCUUGACGAAUACGUUCGACGGAGCUUAUCCUCGCGAGGGCGUGACAUUGACGACUACGCCGGUGGUGAAGAAGGAGAUUGA